AUGGGAGCUCAUUCUUCUAUUGAUGUACCAAAAAUAUCAAUGGAUCCUACAGAAUUUCCUUUUGAUAUUGAAGCUUACAAAAGGCAGUCUGAAAUCGAAGAGAGGUAUAUCAUCAACCGGUUUAAUGAGCGACGAAAUCAAAUAGAGGGAGGAUAUAAUCACUGUGGCAAGAGAAAAUAUCUCAACAGAGAUCAUACAGCGGCAAAUCAAAGACUAAUUGACGAUUACUUUGCAGACCAACCUACAUACGAUGAUGCGAUGUUUCGUCGACGAUUUCGGAUGCGGAAACAUGUGUUCCUUCGGAUCGUUGGGGAACUAUCCAGUAGUGACAACUACUUCACCCAAAGAGUUGACGCAACAAAAAAAAAAGGUAUAUCUCCAUUAGCAAAAUGUACCACGGCCAUGCGAAUGUUAGCAUAUGGUGUGGCGGCCGAUGCGGUCGAUGAAUACAUCAAAAUAGGAGGUACUACAGCAUUUGAGUGCUUACGUAGAUUCUGUAAAGGAAUCAUACAUUUGUAUGAGCCAGUGUACCUCAGAGCCCCAACUCAAGAUGACCUGCAAAGAAUACUGCGUGUUAGUGAAAUGCGGGGGUUCCCGGGGAUGAUUGGCAGUAUUGAUUGCAUGCACUGGGAAUGGAAAAAUUGUCCUACAGCAUGGGAAGGUCAAUUUACCCGGGGAGAUAAGGGAACCACCACUGUUAUUCUUGAAGCAGUUGCAACUUAUGAUUUAUGGAUUUGGCAUGCCUUUUUUGGAUGUCCGGGCACAUUGAACGAUAUAAAUGUUUUAGAUCGUUCACCUGUGUUCGAUGAUGUUGAACAGGGAAAUACUCCAAAAGUGAACUUCUUUGUGAAUCAACGACCGUAUAAUAUGGCAUACUAUCUUGCUGAUGGUAUCUACCCUUCUUAUCCAACUUUCGUCAAAUCAAUUAGACUUCCUCAAAGUGAACCAGAUAAGUUAUUUGCAAAAUAUCAGGAGGGAUGUCGGAAGGACAUCGAACGUGCAUUUGGGGUGUUGCAGGCUCGAUUUAAAAUCAUCCGCGAACCAGCCCGUUUGUGGGACAUAAACGAUUUGGCUCUCAUCAUGAGGUCAUGUAUCAUAUUAAAUAAUAUGAUUGUUGAGGAUGAACGAGAUAUAUAUGCUCAAAAUUGGACAGAUUAUGAUCAAUCUGAGGCAAGUGAGUCUAGUACACCGGAGUCAUUCUCGACCGAGGUGCUACCUGCAUUUGCGAAUCACGUGCGUGCUAGAUCUGUGAUGCGUGAUUCAAAUGUACAUCACGAAUUGCAAGCAGAUCUAGUCAAACACAUAUGGGAAAAGUUCGGAAUAUUUCAUGAUUAA